AUGAAGCUCGAUAGAUCCGAGGUUGCAAAGCAUACCACCAUCAAUAACUGUUGGGUAAUCAUCAACGAUAAUGUUUAUGAUGUUUCAGAGUUUCUCAAGAAGCAUCCUGGAGGAGCAAAAAUCAUUCUUGCACAUGCAGGUCGUGAUGCCACGAAAGCAUUUGAAUCCUUUCAUCAAGCAGAGAUAAUCGAUCAGAACCUUGGCCCAGAUAAAAUCCUAGGCACCGUCACCCAAGACGACUCUGCCACCAGCCAAUCUGACGCAAUGAUUGAGCCACCUCGGCCAAAGCCUAAGCUAUCAUCUGUCAUUAGUCUUUCUGACUUCGAACAUGCGGCUUCAAAGAGUCUUCCCGGCAGUUCAUUUGCAUUCCUAAAAUCUGGCGCCGAGGAUGAGUAUGCAUCCAACUGGAAUCGUGAUAGCUGGAAAGCACUUCGAUUCCGCCCGCGUGUCCUACGACCAAUUGACAGUGUUGAUAUCUCAUGUACUCUUUUGGGCACUAAGCUUUCAGCACCUUUCUUCAUUUGCCCAGCAGGCGGUGCAAAGCUAGCCAACACCAAGGGCGACCUGUGUUUAGUCAAAGCUGCUGCUCGUCAUGGAAUCCUACACUGGGUUUGUAACAAUUCGGCCAUUUCUCAGCAAGAUAUGGCCAAUGCACGUGCGCCAGAUCAAACUUUAUAUUGGCAGAUAUAUCCCAUGACUGAUUUGGAAGUUACUGAAAAGCAAAUCAAGGAGGCUGUCAGACUAGGAUACAAGGGUUUCGCAUUGACUGUUGAUGCAAUCCGAGCCGGAAAGCGAGAACGGGAUUUACGGAUGGCGAUUGUGGAUACAGAGGAAGAUGAAGGCGAUGACCUGGAAGCCGAAGAGAGCUUUGCAAAGGAGCCAAGUGUGCAGCGACCACCCGUCUGGUCGAGUUUCGACUGGAAGUCUUCUAUCGAGUGGCUCCGGAAAAUGACGAAUCUACCUAUUGCCAUCAAGGGUAUUCAAUGUUGGGAGGAUGCAUUGUUAUGCAUGGAAUAUGGAGUCCACCCGUGGCUCUCUAACCACGGUGGUCGUCAAUUGGACUCAGCACCAUCUGCCAUGGACACUCUUUUGUCCAUCCGAAAGAAUUGCCCUGAGGUCUUCGACAAAUGUGAGGUCAUCGUCGAUGGUGGUGUUACCCGAGGCUCCGAUGUAGUCAAGGCUCUUGCACUCGGAGCAAAGGGCGUUGGCCUUGGAAGGCCAUUCUUGUACUCUCUCGUAUUUGGCGAGGCUGGAGCAAGCAAAGCUAUCCGAAUUUUGAAGCAUGAGAUUGAGACUACCAUGGCAUUGUUGGGCGUUACAUCCCUUGAUCAAUUAAAUCCGUCUUAUGUGAGUGAUGAAUUUCUGAAAUCAACUAUUACAGAAGAGUGGAAGCUAAUGUUGGUGCUAUCACAGGUUGAAACUUCGUCACUAUAUUCAUAUGCACGAUCAGUCUUGUGA